CCGCGCAGCGCGGCCGCCUACCGCGUUACUGUGCUCGUAAUUAUGACAACAAAGUGAACACAUGGACUUGUUUGUGUAUGCAGUCGGUAGACAGUGAAACCUGUGUGGCGCAAUCGCAUCUUAUCAAGCUGCGAUGGCGGUAUGCGACAAAUGGGUCGCUCUAAAGAUAGUCGAGUUUUUAUUCUGCGUGGCCUGCCUAGUAGCGAAGCGUGUCUCGUCCGAUGAUGAAGCACGUCUGGCGUUGCUGCUGCAGAAGCUGUCGCGGGAGUGGUCACUCCUUACCUCAGUCACGUGGGAUUCCGUGGGAGGAGCCUUCGCUGAUGCUGUGUAUGGAGGUUACGUGAUAAUAACCUUCGGGUUAAUCCUGGCUCGAGUGUUUCAAGAGAUACCGCGGGGACGCCGCAUACUAGAAGGCUUCUUUCUCGGAUUUGGCCUUUUGUUCUUCCUCGUAUUGGGUGGCUUAGAGUUGGCGUCUCUGGACUCCGUGCCUAGAAAUUUAGUGGUCAACGCAUCUGUACUCGGUACACUGUCCUUGAUUGUUGCUGCGUUGUUUCUCAUAGACCUUAUGGGUCCUAGAAUAUACACCAAAGCUCAAACUUCUCAAACAGACGCGUUCUCGUCACCAAAAGUAGACAAGAAAGUUACCAUAUCAAGCCAAGCACAGCCGGCCGGGAACGGGCAUGUGCCUGUAGAGAAACAGAAUGGAAACGUAAAACCGGAUAGACCAAAAGAUUUGGACUUAGAAAAGAAUAUUGAUACAAUUACAAAGAAAGAAGAGUCUACUCUUUUCGAUGAACCUAAACAUGGUUAUACGAAAUUUGAGGACGAUAUUCUUCAAAGAGACGAACUGGAGAAAUCGAAGUUUGGUUCAUUGCGCAGUGGUAUCGAGAAUGGUAACUACUUUCGCCUCUCCGACCCAUUAAUGGAUAUCGAUAAGUUUCAUUAUGAACAGGAACUUGCGAAAUUCAAUGAAAGAUAUUUGAGGCGAUAUUUAGAAGCUACCGACGGGAGAUUGCCAGUGAAAGAGGAUUAUUUGCCCGAACUACAGACGCCAGUCUUCUCGAAAGUGAAGUCUGGUCGAUUGAGGAGUUUGUACGACGACGUCUCACCCACUUACGAACAAAAACGACAGUCGAAAUCGCCGACCAGAGCUCAGAAGGUAUCAACGCCUACCUUGCAGCAAUUAGAAGAUUAUUUAAGAUCUUCAAAUAGAUCGAGAAGAGGGGACACGCCAGCGUUGUUUCCUAUGGAACCUAUAGUUGAGAAGGAAGCCACUGAGAAUGAAGGGAGGGCGUCUGGAACUCCAACUGACCCUGGGUUUGUGCAAUAUUCUGCCGGUAAGUGGCCUGACAAAAGAGAAGUGCGUACACCGAGACAUAGCCCAACGUAAUAACUUAUUGACUUGUGAAGUUGUGACUUUAUGACUGACGAGUGUAGAACUGUAAUUGUUCACGAAUGUGUGUGCUUGUGUAUUAUAAAUAGCCAUUAUAUUUAUAAAUAGUAAUAAGUAUAGCCACUAAUAUAUUUUUAUG